AUGGUUGCUUCAAGAAAACUCACUUCUUAUUCCUACCAUUCCUCCCCUCCGCCCUCGCCACCGCCACCCCUACCUACUGUUUACUAUAGUUCACCGCCACCUCCUCCUCCUCCUCCUCCACCACCACCACCACCGCCUACACCAUAUGGGCCAAUACAUCCUCCACAUGGUCAUGGACCAAAAUCUCCAACACCAAUUGCACCAUCUAGCCCGCCCGAAGGACCCAAACCCCCCACACCAAUAGCACCAUCUAGCCCACCCAAAGGACCAAAACCACCAACACCCGGUGGACAUGUUAAACCACCAACUCCUGGUGGCUAUGCUAAACCACCAAAGCCAUAUACACCCUAUACACCAGCCCCAUCUCCACUAGAAAGUUGGCCUCCAUCAACACUACCACCUUUACCUUCCUAUCCACAUCCACCAUCCCCUAGUAUAGGAGUCCUUCCUCCAUCCGUGGAGAUAGUAAAACCGCCAUCACCGCCAGGUGGUGGUGGCAGCAAUCACACUGUUGUGAUCGUGUGUGCCUCUCUAGGUGGUGUGUUCUUCCUUGCAUUUUUGGCACUCGGACUAUUUUGUUUGGCCAAGAAAAAGAAGAAACCUAUCAUUGUUCCACCAGUAGAAACCUAUGGCCAUGAACAAGGUCCACAUGGUCAUGGAGAAACAACUGGUGAACAUCAUGGUUAA